AUGAUCGUUCAAAAUAGAGCUCCGAUUCUCUCUGCUGACGCUCCUCCGGAACUACAACUGAAAAUCAAAACCCCUUUUGGCCUUCGUUCCCUUCUCUACAAGCUCCGGUGCAACCAACGGUGGAAAUGGUGAAAGGCCCCGGUCUUUACUCCGACAUCGGCAAAAAGGCCAGAGAUCUUCUCUACAAGGACUACGUGGCCGAUCACAAGUUCACCGUCACUACUUGCAACUCCAAUGGAGUGGCUGUUACUUCAUCUGGUGUUAAGAAAGGUGAGUUAUAUUUAGGCGAUGUUAGCACCCAGCUAAAGAACAAGAAUAUCGUAACUGAUGUUAAAGUGGACACCAGCUCUAAUAUUUACACAACUAUCACUGUUGAUGAACCUGCCCCUGGACUGAAGACAGUCCUUAGCUUUAUUGUUCCAGACCAGAGAUCUGGCAAGGUAGAGAUCCAAUACUUGAAUGAGUAUGUAGGGAUCAGUACUAGCAUUGGACUCACUGCAAGUCCACUUGUCAAUUUCUCUGGUGUUGUUGGAAACAACUCUCUUGCUCUGGGAUCGGAUCUCUCAUUUAACACUGCAACUGGGAAUUUCAUCAAAUGCGAUGCUGGCAUGAGUUUCUCCUCCUCUGAUUUAAUAGCUUCUUUAACAUUGAAUAGUGGAGACACCCUUACAGCUUCCUACUACCACUCAGUGAACCCAUUGACAAAUACAGCUGCUGGUGCAGAGUUUACUCACAACUUCUCAAGUGAUGAGAAUACUCUAACCAUUGGGACACAGCACUCGCUAGACCCAUUGACAACAGUGAAGGCUAAGGUUAACAACAAAUGCAUAGCAACUGCUCUCAUCCAACACCAGUGGCGCCCAAGAUCAGUCUUCACCAUCACUGGUGAAGUGGAUACUAAGGCAGUUGAGAAGAGUCCCAAGAUUGGAUUGGCUGUAGCGGUCAAGCCCUGAUCUAGGUACAGCCAGUACAACUUUGCAGCUCGUCGAAAGCGAGUGGCCAGCCUUGUUUCUUUGGUGAAGUUGCUAUAAGGUACUUAGAACUCUUACUAAAUCAUCUAUCCAUUUGUAUAAAAAGGUUUCUUUAUCACCUUUUUUUU